UAUAGAUCCUAUAACAUUUGAAUAUGUCCUUCAUAUUUGACUGGAUUUACAGUGGUUUCAGCAGUGUGCUACAAUUUUUAGGAUUAUAUAAGAAAACUGGUAAAUUGGUAUUUCUUGGACUGGAUAAUGCAGGGAAAACAACACUGCUACACAUGCUAAAAGAUGACCGACUUGGACAGCAUGUCCCAACAUUGCAUCCCACUUCAGAAGAACUGACUAUUGCUGGCAUGACUUUUACGACUUUUGAUCUGGGUGGACAUAUUCAAGCUCGAAGAGUGUGGAAAAAUUACCUUCCUGCUAUCAAUGGCAUUGUAUUUCUGGUGGAUUGUGCAGACCAUGAAAGGUUGUUAGAAUCAAAAGAAGAACUUGAUUCAUUAAUGACAGAUGAAACUGUUGCCAAUGUGCCUAUCUUGAUUCUUGGGAAUAAGAUCGACAGACCUGAAGCUAUCAGUGAAGAGAGGUUACGAGAGAUGUUUGGUUUAUAUGGCCAGACAACAGGAAAGGGCAAUGUAUCUCUGAAAGAACUCAACGCCCGACCCUUAGAAGUCUUCAUGUGCAGUGUGCUUAAAAGACAAGGCUAUGGAGAAGGUUUCCGCUGGAUGGCGCAAUACAUUGAUUAACAUCAACCAUAUGAGUUCCAGGUCAAACCAUUCAGGCCUACUCAGAGAUGUUUGAUCACUCAGCACACAUAACUUGAAUUCAAUAGACUUUUGUUGGUUAUAAAACAGAUGUUUUUAAGAUUAUUAAUAUUCUAUCAAUUUAAUUUGAGUGAAAAUUGAAAAGUGAUUGAAAUAAGUUUGAGUAUCAUAAUCUUAGCUUUCUAAUUCCAUAAAAAUAGUUUUUAAAGUUUAUAAUCCAACAUUACCCCCAGCAUCGUUUAUAAAGAGCAACUCUCCAGCCAUACAUUGGAACCACUUUUUUAACAACAUAAAGUUACAACCAUAAACCAUAUUUAAAAGCUUAUUAUGUUAAAUUUUUUUAUGUACUUUUUGGAACUAGUUUUAAAAUUUUAGAUUCUAUGUCUGUCUACCUUGAGUGUACAGUUAAUAAUUAGGUUAUCAAUGAUUGCAUGAUGCCUUACAGUUUUCAGUAAUAUUUUUUCUUAUGCAAAGGUCAUGCAAUAAAACAAACUAAUGUUUGGCAAA